CCCACCAUCAUCACUGUUCCCGUAGUCCGAACAGCGGCUGACGUCCCUGGUGUCACGGCCUCCAAGAUCUCACAAACAACAUCCAAAGCCUUGCAUGCGCUAGAUCCAACUUCCGACUUCACGAUGUCGGCCACCGACGCCAGCCCAAACCCAGCGGCCAGCGAACUGCUCCUGCUUUCUUCGUUUCAAAAGCACAUCGAGGACAUGCGCAACCUGUCUCUAUGCAAAAUCUGCAUCAAGCCGUUCUAUGAACCGUUCAUUCUCGCCUGCGGACACACCUACUGCUAUUCAUGUCUGGCUAACUGGUUCGGGUGCGCCCACAAUCGGCACAAGAAGAAGAAUUGUCCGGACUGCCGAGCUGAAGUCACGUUACAACCGUCUCCCAAUUUCCUGUUGCGAGACCUCGUUCACAUGUUCAUUGGUCGAGCCGAAUUGCUCCCCGAAGACGAGACUGUGGCAGAGCACCAAAAAGCCAAAGAUGAUGAGGCUGGACAACUUGCCGCAGAUCGCGCAGGACAAGGCCUUUUCAAAGGUGUUUUCAAGCAUCAGCAUACUUUUCAUAUACCCAGCUUUUGGGCAAGGGGCAUACUGGAUCACGAGGACAAUGUUAUGCGAUGUCCGGAAUGUCAUUGGGAGUUGGAGGAUGGACAAUGUGUGCAAUGUGGUUUCAACGAGUACGACUCUGGUGAAAGCGACCUUGACGAUGAAUCAAUCCCCAGUCCUCGUUUAGAUACGGACGAGUACUACGACGAAGACUCCGAGAUCGAUAUGGACUUUGAUGGUCCGAUACAAAUAGGCACAGGGUACGAAACGGACCGCACAGAUGCCAGCCAUACUGACUAUGAUGAAUACGAUGAUGAGGAUGGUAUGGAUGGCUUUAUUGAGCGAGAUGAUGCCCCAAUCCAGCUGCAUGACGAUUCCGACGAAACAAGGAGUGUCUCCACCAUCACUGGGCACCGCGUGAGUCGCCACAACACACUCCACUCGUCGGCCGAUGAGACUGAUCCAUGGUCUGAUCCUCAAACCCCUCCAUACGCGGUUCAAGGAACCCAUCACUACGAUGACGAAGACAGAUCCGUCACAGGGACCGAAAUGACUGAUCAACAUACGGUAUAUGACGAUCCGUCAGAGGAAUCGGAAGAUGACCAAGGGCCUAUUUCUCGAUUGCACCCGCAUCGACAAUUUGGAGUACCGUCGAGACGAAAUAGAAGGAGGAUUAUCAGUGACGAUGAGGAGGACGAGGAUAACAGCGAUGCUACAGCGCGCGAGCCAAUACCUCUCGAUAACUCCGAAGAUGGAUCAGACAAUGGUCACGAUUUUGAGGAUGAGGACGAAGAUCGGGACGAAGACGAGGACGAGGACGAGGAUGAAAGUCCAAGGGCAGAAUCAGACUCGGACUCGGACGAUAUUCGGCCUCCGCAAUCUGCUGCGCGCCGAAUGCAACAUCUUGAUACUCAACGGGGCAGACGUGGUGAAUUCCGGCCAUAUAUGCCUUACCCGACACAUCAUGGAUCAUCCUACAAUUCUCGUAUCAAUCACCCGCGGCCUCCUCGAUCUGGCCAAUACAGCGCACCAGCGUACGGUCGGCGAAUUCCUGUUGGGGGUGGCAGUCGACAUUGCUAGUCGAUCUUGUUGCGGCGUUCAUGUUGCACGUCUCCGUGGGAAAGCAUGUUUCGAUGGGAUUUCGGAGAGAAUUCGGCAUGGGUUAUAAUUCAAACCACAUGCUAUACAUGACUUGACGAUAUUGGGCCAGGAGCCCUUUGGCUUUGACAUCAGAGCUACGAUAGAGAUGUAGGAUUCAGUGACCUCGCAUCACCAAGCAAUUGAUACCCCCAAUUGAUUUUGCC